AUGUCUGCUUGGCUCAGUCCUCAAAAUCAUCACUCUAAUGCUUUCCUUAAGGAAGGAACAUACAUCUUCAAGAUGGGAAAUAACAGCACAAACAGUAUAAGAACAAAGUGCACUGAUCUUCAAGUGUCAUUUCAGUACUCUCUCUAUGCAACCACCUACAUCCUCAUAUUCAUCCCUGGUCUUCUGGCCAACAGUGCAGCCUUGUGGGUUCUGUGCCGCUUCAUCAGCAAGAAAAAUAAAGCCAUCAUUUUCAUGAUUAACCUCUCCGUGGCUGACCUUGCUCAUGUGCUGUCUUUACCCCUCCGGAUUUACUAUUACAUCAGCCACCACUGGCCCUUCCAGAAGGCCCUUUGCCUGCUGUGCUUCUACCUGAAGUAUCUCAACAUGUAUGCCAGCAUUUGUUUCCUGACGUGCAUCAGCCUUCAGAGAUGUUUCUUUCUCCUCAAGCCCUUUAGGGCCAGAAACUGGAAGCGUAGGUACGAUGUGGGCAUCAGUGCUGCCAUCUGGAUCAUUGUGGGGACUGCCUGUUUGCCACUUCCAAUUUUGAGAAGUUCUGACUUAAGCAACCACACUGAAUCCUGCUUUGCUGAUUUGGGGUUUCAACACAUUAGCAUGGCUUCCUCCAUUGGCAUGAUAACUAUAGCUGAACUUGGAGGGUUUUUUUUACCUGUUGUAAUUAUUACUUAUUGCACGUGGAAAAUGAGAAAAUCUUUACAAGAAUUCCAAGAUCCCCCUCAGAAUACCAAAGAGAGAAAAAAGGCUUUGUGGAUGGUCCUGAUGUGUGCAGUGGUGUUCAUUGUGUGUUUCACUCCCUACCACUUCAACUUCCCAUUCUUUAUGAUGGUAAAACAGCAUGUCUUUUCAAACUGUUCUCUAAUCAAAAGCACCCUAUGUUUUCACAUCAUUUCUCUAUGUCUUGCAAAUCUGAAUUGCUGUCUUGAUCCUAUUGUAUAUUAUUUUAUGACCUCAGAAUUCCGUGAUAGGUUUUCAGAACACAGUGGUUUGUCUCUUCAGUCAUGUGUGAGAUGCAAAGACAGUGCUUUUAGAAAUUCAUCACAGGAAGGAGGAUCUUCAAACUAUCUCUCUUGAAAUUUUGAAUGAUUCCAAGACAUUGUAAUAAAAUUACUAGCUAGAGUAAUCUAUGUUCUCUAUCAGUUUAGCUACGUCACCUUGAAGAUUUUUUUUAAAGAUUUUAUUUAUUUAUUUAUUUGACAGAGAUAGAAACAGCCAGCGAGAGAGGGAACACAAGCAGGGGGAG